AUGAUAGGCUCACACGGUGAACGCGCUAUUUCCAUGCCUCCUCGACCUGUGCGUACCGUACUACGACGCUCCGUGGAGUUUAGUCUUUGUGCUGUUGGCAUCUACGCAACGUACCUGGGCUAUGGCGUGCUGCACGAGCGGCUGUACUGGCGGCUUUACCGGACGCGUGAUGGAGCAGCAUACGACCGCUUCCGAUACCCUCUCUUUCUUGUCUUCUGGCAGUGCCUGUGUAACGCAAGCGUCUCGUUUUUUUCUCGGAAAAUCGCGCGGAGCACGCCUCACGACGAGCGUCUGCGGUUCAAUGAAAAACGACGUUUGUACAGCGCGGGAAGCGCAGCGUCGAGCCGUUUCUAUGCGUUGGUUGCGGCGUGCCAUGUGGUCGCCAUGUGCUGUGCUUUCGGCGCACUGAUUUACGUUCCGUAUCCUCUGCAAGUCCUCGCCAAGAGCAGUAAAAUGAUCCCAAUCAUGCUCACUGGAGCCGCGAUGCGACGAAAGCGAUACACCCGCACCGAGAUCAUCCGCGUACUUUUGAUCACGUUCGGUGUGGUGCAGUUCUCUCGGCAGCGGCACUCGAAGGAAAGUACUUUCCGACAGGCAGCAGUUCCAGGUCCGCAGUCAGGCGGUGGCCACCAGAGGCACCUGGGAUGGGCGUUGCUCCUCAUGAGCCUCGUUAUGGACGGGAUCGUAGGGCCGCUGCAAGAGCAUACGCGCGCCCUCUUUGAUGUUGAGGCGAUUCACUUCAUGUUUGCGCAGAAUUCCUGGGCUACGUUCUGGAUGACGUUGGUCCUGCUGGCGACAGGCCAGGGUGUUGCUGCAUGGAGCUUUCUCCGAACACACCCGAGUGUCUGGCGAGACCUGUUCGGUUUCGGUCUGCUGAGUGCAAUGGGACAACAUUUUGUCUUCUACGUCGUUUGUCAUUUUUCCGCACUCACUUUGGCGAUGAUCACGACAACUCGGAAACUCUUUUCUGUCCUGUUGAGCAUUGUGGUAUUUGCGCACAGGCUCUCCGUUGGUCAGGCCCUAGGGAUGUGUUGCGCGUUCGCAGGAUUGCUCUGGGAAGCGAUAGCGAGUUUGGCCACGCGGAACGUGGCGGGCAGUGCGCUCAGCGGCAAGUGCUCGAGUUCUGUGCCAGGGGCGCAGGAGAAACAGGCCAGUGGAGCGAGUUGCAGAAACACGAGUACGUCUGUACAUGUCGGCGAAGAGGGCUAG